AUGAUCGCUCUCUAUAAUGACAUUCUCUUCCUGGUGCUUGAGCAUCUUCACGACGAAAAAGACCGUCUUCGACUUUUAUUAGUAUGCCGUGGAUGGUACACUAUACUUCUUCCCAAGGCUUACCAGCGUAUCAACGUUCAAGACUUACAAAUCUAUGGUUUUGUUUGUUCAAUUCAACGAAAUCCCGACAUUGGUCUCUAUAUCCAAAAUUUGCAUCUCUCGUGGGGCUGGUAUCCCAUGGAAGAUCUCAGUAUUGAAUACGAUUUGGAGCCAUUCGAGGAUACCAUCAACCAAUUGAGCCUCUCAGCAGGGCACAGAGUGGAAUGGGAAACCCAGCUUUUUGAAGGGAAAUCCCACGCCUGGCUCGCACUACUCUUGCCAUCACUUAAAGCCGUCAGAGCCCUAACUGUCCAAUGCCCAGGCUUCUCCGAUUCCUUUUUCCUCAUGCUAGCUCGAGUAGCUUCUCGGGAAGCGCCAUUUGAUAAGAACCCCGUAUUACAGCGACUGCAAACUGUGCACGCUGAAUAUGAAUCCGUCAAAUCACACCACUUCUCCGCGGAAUUUUGGGCGGUGAUGCAAUUUCCAGCUUUACGAUCAUUCUCCGCGAGCAGGAUGUGUGAAGAAAAUUAUGGCCGUUGGCUGAAGUUUUCUAAAUGUAAACCAGCGUUCAAAACCUCUGGGGUUACAAAGCUGCAAUUCGACCGGAGCAAUGCUCGUGCAGGCAUGAAUGAUUUUAUUACGACCUGCGCCAAUUUGCAAGUUUUUGAGUAUCAGCACGACAACCAGGCUAUCUGGAGUCAAGUAUAUCUCAACUUUCGCCCUGGACAAUUUUACUUGGCUCUAUAUACCCAGAAGCAUAGUCUGCAGGUACUUCGGUUGAACGAUAAAGGAGAGCAUGAGGACAUAGACGAGGAGUGGGAUUCAGAAGAUGAAAUGGACUACUCCUCUUUUGGCUCUCUGGAGGACUUCGGGCAGCUGCGUGAACUGCGGAUACCCCUCCGUGUGCUCCUUCAAUUCGGUCCGAACGAUUACCCGGCUGUUUCUCUACAAGAGGUUCUCCCCUCCAGUUUGGAGCAUCUCUUACUUGCUGCAUACUAUGUCAAGGACUUCGGCCUGGUGAUGAGCAAUGUUCAAAACAUGCUAAGAAAACGAGAAGAGCGAUUCCCGAAUCUCAAAAGACUCGAAAUUCAACCAGUCGAUGUAGAGUUGGACGAGACAACAACCAUUGCUUUUCAUACUAUGAAGACACCACAGCAUAUUAUUCAGUCAUUCGCACCGUUGAGGAUGCAAUGUGAAGACCUGGGAAUCCAUUUUGGCUUCAUAGUUCACACAUGA